AUGAAUCAGCUCGUGUCCCGUGGCUAUCAAUUCUGGGACUAUGUGCCCUCAAUACCUGCAGCGGUGAUCUUCAUGCUUAUAUUUCUGGCUCUUACGGGGCUUCACACAUGGAAGAUGAUUACAGCGCGAACAUGGUUCUGUAUAUCAUUCACCAUUGGAGGAUUUUUUCAAAUCAUCGGCUAUAUAGGCCGCUGUGUUGCACACAACAAUACAACAACAAUGGGACCUUACAUCGUCGCGAGCAUCUUCCUUCUUCUCAGCCCAACCCUCUUUGCCGCAACAAUCUACAUGACCCUCGGUCGUGUAAUCCGCCGUGUGCAAGGCGAGCACCUCUCGCCAAUCCGAGUAUCACGCCUUACGAAAACCUUUGUUUGGGGAGAUGUCCUAUCUUUCGUCGUCCAAGGCAAUUCCUCUUCUUUGUCCAUACUGGGAUAUCCACAAUGGGCGAAAGUAUGCGUGGUCGGCGGAUUGGCAAUUCAAUUGGUUUCUUUCACGCUGUUCUGGGUGACGGCCAUUGUCUUUGCUAGACGGCUUCGUCGAUCGCCUACAUCUGAAUGUGUCAAGCCUGGAGUUCCUUGGAAGCAAUCGUUAAAUAUGCUUUAUGCUGUCAGUGGGUUGAUUUUGAUUCGAUCAAUUUUCCGGAUUGUUGAAUAUGUUAUGGGUAACGAUGGGUAUCCUCUGAUGCAUGAGUGGACGCUUUACAUUUUUGAUAGUGUGCCCAUGGCGAUCGUGAUGGUCAUCUUUUUUGUUUGGUAUCCUGAUCAGUUGAGUCUGGAUUACGGUCCUGAUAGAGGUAUACCGCUUGCGCAAAGCUAUACUACGGUUUAA